AUGGCGCUGACAUGGGGGCCAGCCCUCCCACUGCCAUCACAUGUCAGUCUUCUACUAUUAUUUGGUCUCCUUGUUUGGGGGCUUUGGGUGCUGUUUUUUGGGAAACAGAGCAGGGAGCAGGUGGCAGCAAAGACAGACUCGGAGACUUCAAAGCAACAUAGAUUGAAAAAGAUCCCGAAAUUCACAGGUCAGAAAGAUCCUAUGUUUUAUUUUCAGCUGAAGGCUAAUGACAGACCAACUUGGGAAGAAAAUCUCAGGAUGGGCUGCAUUAAAACUAACCUCACAUGCUUUUCAGGACUCCCUGAAGUAUGGACCCAGGAAUGUAUACUCUGUCUUGAACAGAUAUUCCAACAUCUGGAAAAUGCAAGAUCAGCUCUUAUGGAAUCAUGUUUGCCUGAAUCACAGUGUAUGAUUUCUUCCUCCACCUCCUCUGGUUGUGUGGCUCAGGAGCCUAUUCUACCCUUUUGUGACUGUAAGACAGCAAAAUAUUCUACUACCCACAGCACCUCCUCUGGAUCAUCAUGCAACAACUCCAGUUUGUCUCACUUUUCUGUGUCUUCUGAAGGAACAACCGGGAAAUUCCGGAGCCAUAGUUUAUCUAUUUUUUCUAAAAAGCAACCAUCUGUGUUCAAGAACCAAGGCACAUCCCUGCCUCCUCCUCAUCUCUCGGAGCUUGGGAAAUCAAAACUCUUUCAGAAUUUGGCAACUCUUUCAGUCUUAAUACCUCAAACCUCUCUCACCAACUCUACUAUCUGCAAACAACUGAAAACAGAGGAUGGGAGAAGGAGCGAGAAUCAUUUGACAUCAGAUCAUCGGCCAAAUUCUAUUUUCAAGGAGAGACGACAAUUCAAAAACCGGGAUCCAAUCCGGAUCUCUUCUUUGACUAGGUGGAAGUUAGAGAGACAUAUGGCUUGGAAGGUUUGUACUUUGCAGAAACAAACAGUACCUCUGCCUGUGAAGGAAUCAUGGGCAAUGUUGAAUUACUUAACCGAGGUACAAGAAAGCAUCCCCGAACCAGAAAAACCCCAAAUCCAGUUAUCUAUGCCCAUUUGUCAAAGCACUGAGCAAAAUAUCAACAAUGAAUCCCCAGAUCUUCCAUCAUUUCAGCGCCGUGUGAACAUUGGAGUGGAAUCUGGAUUAAAUCGAACAGAAACAAAAAUUUCACAAUCACUUACCCCAGGUAAGCAGUCACAACCUGAGGGUGGCCCCCAAAUCCUUGGAUCCAAGUUGUUAGUUACAUCUAUGAACACUCCACCUCCAAAAAGUUUAGGAGUUGACAUAAUUGAAAAAGAAACCACUUUACUGCAGAAGGACACAAAAUAUACACUAGAGCUUAAUGUAAAGCAGAAGGUGAUAGGUCUUCCAGAAAGAACCAUACAGAAGCAUGAGACCCAAGUGACUAGUGUGGAGUUGACUCAAAGGCUACCAUAUCAAGUCACAGAUAGCAUAAAGGUAACCCCACUGGCAUUACUUCAAGCCAUGGAUUCAAUGGGGUUGAUCCCGGAAUCACAUUCAGAAGUGAUAGAAUCUGUGGGUUUGUUUCCACGACCAAAUGAAGUUGUUAAACCAUUGGAAAAACAGAGUGCAAGCUCAAAACCAGCAUAUCAAGUCACUGAAUCAGUAGAGGUCACCCCAAGGCCUCAGCACCAAGUUACAGAAUCAAAGAAGAUGACCUCAAGACCACUGAAUCAAGUCACAGAUAAUGCAAAGAUAACUCCUGUAGCACUGAUUCAAGUCAUGGAUUUUAUGGGAAUGAUUAAAAAAUCACACCCACACAUCACAAUGGGAAUGACCCCAACAUCAGAAUAUCAAGAUAAGGAGUCAGUGAAAAUGAACACAUUGUUGGACCAUCAAGUCAUACAACCAGAAAAGAUGAGUCCAAGGCCACAGCAUACAGUCAUGGAAACUGUGGAAAUAACUCCAGGACCACAGCAUAAAGUUAUUAAAUCAGUGGGCAUAACUUCAAAGCCACAAAAUCAAGUCACAGAACCAGUAAAAAUUAUUCUAGGACCAACAUGUCAAAACACAAAAUCACUGAACAUGAUGCCCAGGCCAUUGCAUCAAGUCAUGGAUAUCAUGAAAGUAACACCAGAGGCACUACUAGAAGCUAUGAAUUUCAUGGGAAUAAUUCCCCCUACACAGCCAGAUGGUAUAGAAUCUGGGAAUUUGACCUCCAGUUCACAGUUGCAAGGUAUGGAAUGUGUUCAUUUGAGCCUACCACCAGAGUUGACAGGUACAAAAACUAUGGAGUUGACCCCAGGACCACAACAGGAAGAUAUGAAAUCUGUGGAGUGCACCCUAAAUCCAUUGUUAGAAGCUAUACAAUCUGAGAUAGCUGAAGUACUAUUGCUUAAAGAUGUGAAAACUCCUCAAGUGGUAGAAUGUAGGAGGUUGAUUCCUGAGACGCAUGUAGAAAGUAUGAAAUAUGAGGAGCUGAUCCCAAGGGUACACAUUCUAGCAGCAAAAUCUGUAGAGUUAGUACGCAAGCCAAAUCAUGAAGCCAUAGAAUCUGAAGAAUUGACCUCAUGGCAUCAAGCUUCUGAAUCUUUAGGGAUGAUUUCAGAGCCAGGAUAUCAAGAAACAGAACCAAAGUUGACCUCUGACACUUGUCUUCACAAGAAAGAAUCUGUGGAGUUUCCACAAUCAUCUUUAGGAAAUACCCCAGGGCCAUUGAGACAUGCUUCAAAAUCUAGGCAGAUGAACUCAAUAUCAUUCCAAGGUACUCUUGAGGCAAAGCUCCAAAGUGUAAAAGCCAUGGGGGAGACUCCACUGUCACAAGAUACAAUACGAGAAUCUCAGAAGGUGGUACCAAGAUCAGAGGUACAAGCUAUGAAAUCAGAGGUGUUAAUCCCAGACUUCCAACUGAAUCUAGGAGCAUGUUCAGAAGUUAUAAACUAUGAGGAGUUGACCUCAGAACCACAAUUUCAAAGUGUAAAACCUGUGCCAUUGAUCUCAGAACCACAGCACCAAAGUAUAAAACUUGAGUCAGUCCCAUUUGUGGUAGGAGCUAAAGAGUGUAUUACAGGACCAAAACCACAUGUAAUGGAGUUGGCUCCAGAGACACAGCCCAAGGACGCAAAGUCCAGACAGUUGGAUCCAGAGCCACAAUUACAGGAUGUGAAAUAUGUUAAUUUAAUCCAAGAGUCAACUCCUACCAGAGCAGUAGAAUCUGAGAAGCUGAUAAAAGAGCCAGUGCUACAAAGUAUGAUAUUAGAGGACUUAACUGUAGGGCCACAGUCACAAAGUGUCAGAUUUUCAAAGUUAUAUCCAGGGCCACCUCUCCAAGAAAAAAAAUCUGUAGAUUUAAUCUCAGGGCCCCCACACCAUGUUAUGAAAUCUGAUGAAUUGACUCCAGCUUCUCCUGUGCAAGAAAUCAAACUGUCAGGAUUUACAUUACAGCCAAAGCCUCUAAGUGUUACACAUGUACAGUCAACUCCUGAACCACAACCUCAGGGUAUCAAAUUUGUGGAACUAAACUCAGGACUGUGCUCAAAAGAUGUUAAAUUUUCUGAUUUGGACCCAGAAUCAAAGCAUAAAUGUUUCAAACAUGUGCAGUUUAUACCAGAAACACAGAUUCAGGAUAAAAAGCUGGUAGGGGUUGUAGCAGAGUCAUCUUUGAAGUUAAGUCAAGGGCUCCCAGUUGAAAAUAUGAAAUCUGUUUUGUCUAUUGAAGGAUCACAAUUUCACAGCAUGAAAUCUGUAAAACUGACCUCAGAAAUACAAUUUCAAGGUGUUAAAUCUGAGGAACUGAAACUAGGACCAAGGCAGCAAGUUGUCGAAUUUUCUGAAUUGACUUCAGGGCCAAAGCUUCAAGGUGUCACAUUUGGGGAGCAAACCCCAGGACCACUGUUUCAUCAUGUGAAUUCUGUGGAGAUGACUCCAGAGUUAGCGCCUCAAGAUUCUAAAUUAGCAAAGAUGUCUCCAGGGCUUCAAGUUAGGAAACAGGUUGGGCUUAACCCAGGGCCAUGGCUACAAGAUGUUGAAUUUUGUGAUCUGACAUCAGGAACUCAAUCUCAAGGUGUGAAAUCUUCAGAGUUAAAAUCAGGGCCACAAAAACAAUAUAUGAAAAAUUUUGAGUUGACCCCAGAGCCAAAGAAGCAAGGAGGAAGACCUAUGGAGUUGACCCCAGGACCUGAAGAACAAGGGGUUAAGCCUGAGAUGUCAGUACCAGGGCCACUGUUUCAAGGUGUAAAAUGUGUAGAGGUGGGUCAGCUGUUAAGCACUAACAGUGACAUUUCACAUAAAUUAGUGUUAGAGCCACAGAUUGCAGAUGUGAAGUCUAUGGAGAUGACUCCUGAGCAACAGUUGCCAAGUGUAAACUUUUCUGAGUUGACCAGAAGACCACAGUUACAAGGUAUGAAAUCUUCUGAAUUGAUCCAAGGACCACAGUUAAAAGAUGUAAAACCUGUGGCGUGGACCCCAAUCUCAAAGUUUCAAGGUUUAAAAUCUGAGACACUAAUCCCAGAGCCACAGUUAGAAGAUAGGAAACCUGUGGAUUUAACCCUACGGUCACAUUUGGGAGGUUUGAAACCUGAAGAAUUGACUUUAGAGCCACAAAUGCAAGACAUGAAAUUUGUGGAGAUUACCCCAUGUUUCAAACGUAAAAGUUUAAACUCAUCAGAGGAGACUCUAGAUCCACUGCAAUGUGUAAAAUCUGUGAAGUUGACCCCAAGGCCAAAAAAGCGGGUAGUAAAACCCACAAAUGUAACCAGAAUGCAAAAGUUUCAAGGAGUAAAAUCUGUGGAUUCAGCUCCAAGGCAACAGUUUCAAGGGACGACACUUUUGAAUUUAACCCCUAAAGAGUUAAAACUUGAACCACAGUUGCAAAGCACAAAAUCUCCCAAGUUGACCCCAGGGUCACAGUUACACCAAGAGAAACCCUUGGUGUCAACUUUAGAACCACAGCUUCAAGGGGUGAAACCUGUUCUAAAACAAGAGCCACCACUUGGAAGUAUGAGACAUAUUCAGUGGAUACCAGAACAUGAGUUCCAAGGUGUGAAAUCUAGAGGGUUAAAUCUUAGGUCACAAUCUCAAGGUGUCAAAUCAGCAAAGUUGAAAUCUUUGAGACAGUCAAGAGAUGUGAAGUCAUCUAAAUUGACUCGAGGACCAAAAACUCAAGGUGCAACAUAUAUGGAGUUCAACUGUGGGCCACAGAUGCAGAGUGUGAAAACCCCUGAGUCACCCCCAGGACAACUGCAAAAAGGGACAUUUUUGGCCUCCACAUCAGAGCUACAGCUUCAAGGCAUAAAAGGUGUGGAGUUAAACCAACAGCCACAACUUGGAAGUACGAAAUCUGUUCAGUGGAUACCGGCAUUAGAGUUUCAAUGUAUGAAAUCUCUGCUAAAUCUUCGGUUACAAUCUCAAUGUGUCAAACCAGCAGAGUUGAAACCUUUGAUAAAGUUAAGAGAUGCAACAUCACCUAAGUUGACUCCAAAGCCAGAGCUCCAAAAUAUACAAUCUUCGGCGUCAUUCCAGGAACAUCAGCCUGAAGGUUUUGAUUUGAAACCUCAUCUGCAGUUUAGAAGUAUGAAAUCAUGUGACCUUACUGUGAGGUCAAAGCCCUGUGAUAUAAAAUCUAUGAUGUUCAAAUCUAGGUUUCACUUGCAUGAUGGGAAAUCUCCUAAAUUGAGCUCAGGACUACGGCUUCAAGAAGUGAAACCCUUACAGUCAUCCCUAGGAACACAGCUUCAAGGGGUAAAGUCUCCAGUGCUUACACAAGAACCACAGCUUCCAGGUGUAAAAUCUGGGGUAUUAAGUCAAUUUCAGAGUGAUAAAACUGUGCAGUCGAGUUCCCCACUAUGCUUCAAAAGUAUGAACUCAUCCAAGUUGGCUCUUCAGAAAAAGCUUCAAGGUGUGAAAUCUGAGGAUUUCAACUUUGGGUCACAAUGGCAAGGUCUAAAAUCUUCUAAAUUGCCUCCUGGUGUAAAGUCCCAAGAUAUGAAGUUUACUGAGUUAAAUCCCAGCUCACAGUUGCAAGGUGCAACAUUUUCUACAUCCAAUAUAGAAACAAAGAUUCGAAGUUUCAAACGUAAAUAUUUCAACCCUGAAUCAUUGUUACAAGUUAUGAAAUCUUCUCAAGGGAUUUCAAAGACAAAGCUUCAGGAUAUAAAAGACAAAAAAUUCAAAGAAUUCAAGUCAGGUCCACAGUUGCAAGAUAUAGAAUCUUCUAGGAUGGUCAUGGGUAUAGAGCUUCAAGGUGUAAAAUCUAUGAAUUUCGGGUCUGGAUCACACUUGCAGGGUAUGAAAUCUUUUGAAGUGAUCUCAAAGGAAAAGCUUCAAGGUGUGAAAUCUGUAGAUUUAAAACCUAGUCAUAAGUUACAAGCCGAGAAAUCAGAUUUGACCCUGGAGAGCAAAUUUCCAGGUGCAAAAUCUGUAGAGAUGGAUUCAGGUCCAAAAUUACAAGACAUAAAAUAUUCUGACUUGAUCAUGGGUAUAAAGCUUCAAGAUUUAAAAUCUAUGAGGUUCAACUGUAGAUCACAUUUUAAAGGUAUGAAAUCUUAUGAGGUGAUCCCAGGGACAAAAGUUCAAGAAGAGAAAUUGUUUUUCAACUCUGAGCCACAGACACAAAGUAAAAAAUCUCAGUCAAUUCAAGCAACAAAGCUUCAAGCUGUGAACUCCUUAAGGUCCAACCUUGAUCCAAAAUUACAAGGUAGAAAAUCUGAUUUAACCCAGAGGAGGAAGCUUCAAGAUGGGAAAUCUGUUGAGUUAAAACCUGUUCCACAUUUACAAGUUGUGACAUCUGAGUUAACACCAGAGACAAAGCUUCAAAGUAAAGAAUCUGUGUUCAUCACCAGGCCAAUGUGUCAAGAUAUGAAAUCUUUUGAACCAACUCUAGGUACAAAGAAACAGGAUGCUAAAUCUUUGGGGUUUAACUCAGCCCCACAAGAUAGGAAGUUGUCUAUGUUGACACAAGGCACACACCUACCAGGUGUGAAAUCUGCGGAAUUCAAUUUGCAAGGUGUGGAAUCUUCUGAGUUGAUAAAUCUUCAAAUAAUGACCCCUACAGAGAUCAACAAUGGCCCCAAAUUUCAGGUUGCAAAACCCUCUGAUUUGGCUUUGGAAUCAAACGUUCACAGUGUAAUAACUUCUGAGAUCAAUUCUGGAAAUCAGUGGCAAGGGGUAAAAUCUGACUUGACCAAGAUGAAGCUUCCAGAUGAGCCAUUUCUCGAAUUCAAGCAUGAACCUAAAUUGCAAGAUGAGAAAUCCUCUGAACUGAAUCCAGGGCCACAGCUUCAAUGUAUAACUUUUAUGGCAUUCAACACUGGGCCAGUGUUGCAAGGUCUGGAAUCUUCUGAGUUGAACCCCAGGCCAGAGCUUCAAGGUACAGAAACUAAGGUGUUCUGCCUUGAGCCACAUUUGCAAGGUAUGAAUUCUUCCUCAUUAAUUUCAGAACCAAAACUUCAGUGUAUAAAUUCUACUGGCUGCAACCCUGGACCACAUUUGCAAGGUGUGAACUCUUCUGAAUUUUUACUUUCAAAACUUCAAGGUAUGAAAUCUUCUGAGUUGAAUCCAGGGACAGAGAUUCAAAGUGAGACAUCGAUGGUGUUCAACCCUGGACCACAUUGGCAAGGUGUGAAAUCUAAACUGAUUCCAGACUCAAAGUUUCUAGGUGCAGCAUCUAUGGAAGGCAGCCCUGGGCCACAGGUGCAGUGUGAAAGUUCUUGUGAGUUGAAUCCUGGGCCAAACUUACAAUGUGUAAAUUCUACUGGAUGCAACCCCGAGCCACUCUUGGAAGGUGUAAAACCUUUUGAGUUGACUCCAGGGACAAAAUUUCAGGGUAUAAUGACAACAGAGUUCAAUUCUGGCUCCAAGCUGCAAGGUAUGAAUUCUUCUGAAUUGAAUUCAGGAGUGAAAUCUGCGGAGUUAAAUCCAGGAUCAAAUACUGAGUUGAAAUCUGCAGAAUUAACCUCACAGCUAACAUCUUCAUUUGAUGAUCCUACAAUGUUGACUCAUGAACAAGAACUUCAGGCUGUGAAAUCUAUAGGGAUAAAAAUAAGGCCUCCUCAAGUUAUGGAUUCUGAGGAUUUGAAUCUAAGACAGGUAAAUCAGGAUAGGGAAUCUGAGGAGUUAACAUUAGGAGAAGAGUUACAGAUAGGGAAUUAUUUCUCUAGGUUUCUAUGUAACUCUUCAAACUCAGUCAUCUCAAGCACUGUCAAAACAACAUCUGAAUUAGGAGGCCUUUGGGAUUCUGAGAUGACCAAAGUAUCAAGAGCCUUGGAUCUAGAAAGCCCUUGGACAGGUAUUUUGCAGCCUGAAGAGAGUUUUGCUUCAACCUUUCCCUUGUCCUUUCAUAAUCAACCCUCUGACAAGACAGCUCACACUGUAGAAACCCCCCAUGCUGAGAUCCCAGGAGUGAAUGUCAUAUCUAAGGAGAGGAUUCAAAAGGGGCAGGUGGCAGAGUUAGAGAAUUCACUCCAGGGCCUCUUCCAACAUCCACCAAAAAGCUGGAGAUCACUACCCAGGACCUUCCAGACAGGAUCAGGGGCUCGAAGAAACCUUACCUGGUCUGUCCUGGGAAGACAACAGAAUAUCUGGGAGAGUCACUCCUGGAAGCAGAAACUACCUAGAAAAUAUCUCUCCAAUAUGCUAAUGCUGGGGAAUGUCUUAGGGACCACUAUGGAAAGAAAGUUUUGUUCUCAAAUACCUUUAACAGAAAGAGUCACUACAGAUGCCCAACCUAUUCAGAAUUUAUUUGGGGUUCCAGCUGAAUUGACGGAAUUUUCCCAGAGUCUGCUAGAGAUGGGUCAAGGUACUGUUUCUCAGGCUUCAGUGGUCAAAAACUACAUUCAGAGACAUACUUCAUGUCAUGGUCAUGAGAAAAGAAUGGCCUUAAGGAUGUGGACACGUGGUUCUAUGCCGUCCAUAAUACAGCAAUACUCUGGAACUAGAGUGAGAAUAAAGAAAACAAAGCUCACUGAUAUAUCCCAGGAAGUCAUCCAGCAGCACAUGCCUAUUUCAUAUACAGGGGACCAGCUCCUUGACCCAGUAAAGUCAGAGUCUCCCUUCAAUAUAUUUUUCACUAUGAAAGAUCCUGUUCCAGUGAAAGAGAGUGAGAACUCACAGACUGAUUCACAGACAAGGAUUUUUGAGUCCCAAUACCCCCUUACGCCAAGUUAUCUUUUCCAGGACAACUCUGUCUUCUCAGAACAACUCCAGUUGCUACAAGAUCUGCAGCUAAAAAUAGCAGCAAAACUGUUAAGAAGUCAAAUACCCCACAAUGUACCUCCACCGCCAGCUUCAGGACUGGUCCUGAAAUACCCUAUCUGCUUACAGUGUGGCCGUUGUUCAGGUUUCAAUUGUUGUCAUAAAUUACAGGACACUUUGGGGCCUUAUCUUAUUAUCUAUCCACAGCUCUGCUUUGUACGCACUCCCGAAGGUCACAGAGAGAUUAGACUGCAUCUUGGCUUUAGAUUGCAGUCUGGGAGAAGAUCCCAAGUCCCAAAGUAUCACAGAAGAGACAGACCCGUUACACCAAGGAGCCUGAUAUCAUCAUCACUAAGGAAAGCUAAAAUCUGUACUCAAGCUUCCAAGAAUCCUACUUCCACAAUAGAUUUCCCAUCUCAGUCUUCCCAUUCUCCUGCUCCUAUACAAGCCCACAUCAGGCAAAAGCAAUGUGGCAGCUCUGACCUUAUAGGAAAGACAGAUACUAGAGAGCCUGGACGCUAUGAAUUCACUGAAGUUUGCUUUUUACCAGAAAGUGACUCUGAAAGCAAUCAAGAUGAACAAUGGGCUGAAAUGAGAAGCCAAAGCACCUGUGAUUCAAGAUAUCCAAUGAAAAGAAUCACCAAGGGAGUUAGAACACAAAACAAAAAGUUCUACACAAAAAGUAGAACCUUAAAACACAGUCUCUCUAGGGAGAUAGCAGCUCAGUUAAAAAUGAAAAGGAAUGGAGCACCUCAGACAACUACUGACUCUUUUAAAAGACCGCCUAAGACAUCCUCCCAACCUAAAUUCAUUCAACUGGUUUUUCAGGGACUAAGGAAGGCAUUCCAAACAGCGCACAGAAUUAUGGCAUUUGUUGGGCAGAAGUCUGAGCACAGAACAAGGGCAGGCCAUUUGUGGUCAAGCAAAAAUUACCAAAGAAAACAAAAAGCCAGAGACUACUGCUUGCUAAGAGAUAUUGAAAAAGAGAGGAUGCCAGUUAUGAAGCUAAAACCAACAGACCCAACCACUGAACAGGACAGCAUGUUGUGGGAAGGAACAGACCAACUCAGAUCAGCUCAACAAUCAAAAACAGACAGCUCUUUCCAACUCAGACUUUUCCCACUGCCCACACGCAGAGUUCCCCAAGGAAGCACCACUCCCAAAGCCACCACAAUCAGACAUCCUUUGGGUACCAUUCAAAAUGGCAGGGGCAGCAGACCUAAGAAAAAUUUCUAUAGAAAAGAAAUCUCUAGCCUGGAGUCCAAGAACUCCAAAACAGGAAUCAGAAGUCGGGUCCAAGGGAGAAUUCUACAUGGCACUGCUAUGAAGAGAACCUCACACAGUCCCCUUAAAGACAAACUCACACAUAAGAAACCAAACCACCACAGCUUCCUUAGGGAAAGAACCCCUUGCAUUUUCUCUGACAGGAGACAUCACAGUCCCUCUCGGAGGAGCCAUAGAAGUCCAUCUGAAAGGAGCCACUACAGUCCCUCUCAGAGAAACCAUUGCAGUUCCUCUCAGAGAAGCCAUCGCAGUCCUGCUCAGAGGAGACAUCGAAGUCGUUCUCAGAGGAGACAUCGAAGUCCAUCUCAGAGGAGACAUUGCAGUCCCUCUCAGAGGAGCCGUCCCAGUCCUUCUCAGAGGAGACAUCGCAGUCCAUCUGAGAGAUGUCGCAGUCCCUCUGAGAGAUGUCGCAGACCCUCUGAGAGAUGCCAUUGUCCCUCUAAGAGGCGAGGAUACAGUCUUUCUGAGAGCAGGCGACCCAGGCUCUGUGAGAGCAGUCAUGGCAGUCCCUUUAAGAGGAGAGGACAUAGUCAUUCUGAGAGGCUCAGACACAGUCACCCUGAGUGGAGUGAACACAGUCCAUCUGAGAAAAACCAUGGAAGUCCCUCUAAGAGAACUCAUCACAGCUCCCCUAAGGAGAGGCCCAGACAUAGUUUGUACAAAGAUCUCAAGACUCACUCAAAUCAUGUCUCCUAG